CGAUCUUUAUUGUUCACUCUCGCUUCUACUGGCGGUCCUGGGGACUUCUUGAUCCAUGGGCUUGUGACAGUGGCUGCAGAAUGUCCAUCUCGUAUCUGUCAAGAGGAGGGACAUCACUAGCUCCCAUGCCAACACAUCCGCAUCACCUAUUGCGCCAACCGUCACGAGAGGACUUGGAGAUGGCGGAAAGUCUCAGCUCGUUGACCCAAUCUCAUGACAGACAAACUCAGUCACAGACAUCUGGAAACGCUAGGAACGAAGAAUCGAAAGCUGAGAGUUUGAACAGUGACCGCACUUCCCAAGGGUCCGGCGAGAGAAGACGUCCAAGCUCUGUCUCUGAAUAUCACUCUCUAGCAGACACCAUGCAAUUUCAACGCCCGAGGAAAGAGGGCACGAGGGAAGAAUCUAGAGGUCUUUCGCCUGGUGUUCCUAUCCGGCCUACCAAUGAGAGGACUACAAGUGCGACAGGCAAUGUGAUAUCUUCUACGACCACCUCACCAUCCGGCCAAGUUUGCAGCAAUUGCGGUACUACACAAACACCUCUUUGGCGUCGCGCUCCUAACGGAUCGACAAUAUGCAACGCCUGUGGUCUUUACCAGAAGGCACGAAAUGAACCUCGCCCGACGAACACAAAACGACAGCCCCAUACCCAGCCUCGAAGUCUUCAAUCCACGCCAGGCCCCAGCCAACCUAAUGAGCGAAGCACGUCGCCCUCGAAAUUUGUUCCCCGAUCCACCUACGUCUCAGCCGAACAGGUCACCGGAACUUGUCCUGGCGGAGGGCGAUGCAAUGGUACAGGUGGACACGCAGGGUGUAAUGGCUGUCCCGCAUACAACAACCGCGUCUCGAAAACAGCCGCCAUAGCCCUGAAACAAGCUCAACAAGGCAUCUCAGACGCGAUGGAUACACCCAGGCCUGAUGACACCCCUACAUCAUCCACUCAAUCUCCAUCUGUCAACGGGCCAACGAACCUCGUUCCAGCCUGUCAGAACUGCGGCACCACAAUUACACCCCUCUGGCGCCGUGACGAGUCCGGCCAUACUAUCUGCAAUGCAUGUGGCCUUUACCACAAACUUCAUGGUGUCCACCGCCCAAUGACGAUGAAGAAGCAAGAAAUAAAGCGCCGCAAACGUGUUGUUCCUGUCGGGCCCGACACCCUGCACAUGUACUCGCAAACGCAGCCAGUCGAUGCCACUUCCCCAUCCACAUCAUCGGACUCCCCGGUCCCAUCAUCAACGGCUUACAUCGAUCCAGAUCUACAAAUGCGCGAUGCCGAUGCCUCAGUUACGCGAAAGUACCCUCCCCCGGCGGACUUUACGAAUUAUAGACCUUCGUCGGCAGUGCACACGGCCGACUGGCAAGCUCAGCCUCAAGGUGGUGCACAAGGCACGAAACGUACACGAGCGAGCGAUGCAGACGAGACGCGAUCAAACAUGGACAAGCCGACGACUUCUGUGGUGGCGAACACGACAUCGAUACCGACAAGACCAGCGAGUGGGAUUUCAAAUUUGCUGAAUCCGGAAGGCGAGAUCGAUCCCAGCUUAGGUGCUGCGCAACAAGGAACGAGAAAAGCCGAGAAAAGAGCACGAUUGGAAGCUGAGAGGAGGGCGUUGGAGGAGCGCAUGAGAGUGGUGCGGGAGGAGAUGGAAGAGCUGGAAGAGUAGGCUGUUAGGGAGUUGUAGGCUUUAUGAAUGAAUGGAUGAAUGCCUCUAUGCGCCUGAUGCGACCACGAAACGCCAUACUAGAGGUCCACAAAUGCGAAUCUGGGGAAUGCCUCAGUGGGGUGUUGUAUGUAUUAGCAAAUA